GCCCAAACUAGGAAGUAGGAAGGGCCAGUAAGUGACAGACUUACAGUUAGAGUUCCAUUUCCCACUACCCUAAAACCCUAAAAAUUGAAAUCUUCCACCAUCACACAGUCCUCUACCAAUGCUCUUCUCUCUCUCACUCUCACUCUCACUCUCACCAACCACACUCACCUCCUCACCUCGCUUCAAAUUCCACUCAUGCCCGCACGUCCUCCCUCCAAAACCACCACCACCUCCUCGUCUCCGCGCCUCCUCACAGGCACACCACGUUAUCCUCGAAGACAAUGGGAGCUUCGCCGGCGCCGGAGCUCCGGUGGAGAAAAAUAUCUUACCGGCGGGUCUCCGGACAGAGUCAAUGCCGAGACAUGUGGCUUUGGUCAUGGAUGGGAACAGGAGGUGGGCCCGGCUCAGGGGCUUGCCCGUCGGGUCGGGUUACGAGGCCGGUGUUCGGUCCCUGCGAGCCAUUGUAGAGCUGUGCUGCAAGUUGGGAAUUAGAGUUCUCUCUGUUUUCGCUUUCUCUAGUGAAAAUUGGUUUCGCCCUCAAGUGGAAGUUGAGUUUUUAAUGGAAUUAUUUGAAAGAGGAAUGAGAGAUGAAAUGGGGAGCUUGUUGAGGGAAAACAUUCGAAUUUCUGUAAUUGGGGAUUCCUCUAAGCUAUCAAGAUCCCUACAGGAGCUAAUAACAAGAACUGAGGAGGCCACCAAGACUAAUUGCGGACUCCAACUUAUUGUAGCAGUUAGCUACAGUGGGCAGUAUGACAUUGUUCAAGCCUGCCAGAAGAUUGCUGUAAAAGUAAAGGAUGGACUAAUUGAACCCAAUGAUAUCAAUGAGUCUCUUAUUGAACAGGAGCUGGAAACAAACUGUACCAAGUUUCCCUAUCCUGAUCUACUGAUACGUACCAGUGGGGAGCUUCGGAUUAGCAAUUUUUUGUUGUGGCAAUUGGCCUACACUGAGUUAUUUUUUGCACAAUCACUCUGGCCUGAUUUUGGAGAAGUUGAGUUUUUAGAGGCUUUAAAAGCAUUUCAACAAAGGCAGAGGCGUUAUGGUGGAAGAGAUUUUUAAGUGAUUAUGUCUUGAAUUCAGUGUUGUUGAAGAGGCAGAAAGAGAAAUGCGCGAGUGUUGGUGCGAUGAAGCAAAAUAUUUAAGAGUGAUAGUUGUUGAAGAGUUCUGAUACUGAAAACUGGAAAGUGUUGGUGGACUUUUAUGUCCAUCGAUAAAGCUGAAACUGGAAAGGGCCAUCGAAUAUAGUCUCUGCAGGCCAAAUCCUUUUUUGACUUUGAUAUUGCUUCCAAAGGCACCCCAUGCCAAGUUCAUUGUUAUAAGAACCCCAAUUCUUGCUUCUGUUAAAAGUGUGAAUCUCUCUUCCGUAACCAGUUUGGCAGUGUAAGAGGUCACUAGGAUAACAUGGACUAAAUCAGCCCGAGUACCUUACCAUAUUGCAUCCUAUUAAAGUCUUAAGGUAUAUAUACAGCAACAACAAAUCUUUAGUCCAAUUUUUUUUUUUGGGUGAGCCAUGGAUCUUCAACAUAUUAGUUAGGAUUGGCCACAUGUAUUUUUUUUUCAUUGUAUUCUAUCCAAAGUCCUAAGGUAUUUAACUAUUUAUAAUGUUUCAUAAUGAUCCUGUUGCUGCUGUUGUAUUUCCUGUUGCCUCAUUUGUGUUCAAAGCUGUGCGAAGUUAUCAUAUUUCUUUUGUAGCUUGCUUUGUCA